UGCUCAUCGUCGCUCUCCCUCUCUCCGCAACACGCCCUCUUCGAUCCAGAAAAAAAGAGCUUUGAGGUUGGAUAUUGAAACCCUAAUAUUCAGUCUCCCGGUUUCUGUGCUUCUCUUUGCCAUCGGUGGUGACUUACAAGUUUUGUAGAUUACAUCACAAAAACCCUAGAAAUUUUCUUGCUUCUGAUCUCUCGUUCUGUACUUCCCGUUUUCCCCAAUUCUCUCACGCCCGGAAUUCGUCAAAUUGCCUCCGAUAAUCGAGCGGCUUGGAUGGCGUAGGAAGCCAGAUUCGAGUUUCAUUUGAUAAGAGCUGGUGAUUGUUUGUAUAUAUCUGCAUUUGUGCAAUACCCGAUGGCCUUAUCCUUGUGAGGAUUAAGGUGUUUUGUAGAUAGGCUUUGUUUGUAUCGAGAAUUGCUAACGAUUUGGAUUGAUCGGAGGGCUAGAUUUUCCUGAGAUCAGCUCGGAUUUGUCAUCUUUAGAGCAGGGAAGCUGAUUCUCUUUUCCCCCUUUCGAAUCCGAUUGCCCGUGGUGGUUGAGCGAAGUUAGUGUUUCAAUUCCUGUAAAUAAUUGGACUUAGAGCUGACUUGAGGACAGUGUUAGAUAGGCAUGCUGUUUUAAGAAUGGAGAUGGAAGUGAUUAGGUUGAGUUGGAUAAUCUAGACGCUACAUCUAGGCAUGGGAUAAGUCUGAUUGUCUUAUUCGAGACCUGGCUUGGCUAGCAGUUGGUUGUGAGGUUAAGAAGAACUCCCUGUCGACCGGUAUUGUUUCGAUAGCUGAAUUUGAGCACAAUGAGUAUAGUGAAUGAAGAACGAAAUGGCCCGGAUCUGCAUGAGGAAGCUUGCACAAAAUCUCAAAAGUCAAAAUUGUUGUACACUAGAGAAUUUCUGCUAUCUCUUAGCGACUUGGAUGUUUGCAAGCGGCUGCCGAGUGGGUUUGACCAAUCACUUUUGAGUGAAUUUGAGGAUACUUCACAAGAUCGGUUUAGAGCCUCUGGUGGUUUGCCGUUACAAAGUUAUAAGCGAACAGAAUAUGGUUCAUCCCCACCAACCCGAGGGGAGACAAGCAAUUUUUCUCGGGGGAUUCAGGGAAGAUGGGAUAGUCGCUCGUCAGUUAGAAGUGACCGUGACAGUGAUUCACAAUCUGAUAAGGAAUCAGAUACUGGAAGACGUUAUGGCAACCAAUCUCGACGACCUUGGCAGGUUCCUGAGCAUGACGGGCUUCUUGGAAGUGGUUCCUUCCCAAGGCCGCCUGGGUUUGCUGUAGGCUCUUCAGCUUCAAAGUUGCGAGAGCCCAGCAAGGCUAACGAACCAUAUCAACCUCCUCGCCCUUACAAGGCUGGUCCUCACUCUCGUCGGGAAACCAAUGACUCAUUUAAUGAUGAAACUUUUGGCUCUUCUGAGUGCUCAACUGAGGACAGGGAAGAAGAGGAAAGAAAACGAAGAGCUUCUUUUGAAUUAUUGAGGAAGGAACAUCAAAAAGCUUUUCAAGAAAGGCAGAAGUUGACUCCAGGAAAGGGUAAAGGUGACUUCGAUUUUGCUUCAUUGAUGGAAGAUUCAAGAGAUGACAAGAGAAGUCAAGACAAAAGCACUGAAUUGGAUGGACCAGUUUCAAGUAAUAAUUCUCAUAAAGCUGCCUCAUCAUCUGCCCCUGUAUCUAGACCUCUCGUGCCUCCAGGGUUUUCAAAUGCUGCCGCUGAGAAAAGCACAGGAACCAAAGCGGUGGCGAACUCUCAGUUGGAGGUAGUCAAUGAAGUUGAAGGCAGCCUUUCACACGAUAAAGGGAACAAUUUGUUUAUUGGAGUUUCACAUAACCAAGAUCAGAUGCAGCCUCUAGAACCCCUAAAUGUGAACGAGCAAGGGCUUGGCAACCUUGGUAUUAAUGUUUCUGUCCAUAGCAGCAAAGGGCAAAAGUCAUUGUAUUUACCUUCAACAGUGGAUGCAUCUAGCAAACUAAUUGGGAAAGAUAAUCAAUUUCAUAAACCUCCCGAAGUUUUAGAAGUUUUUCAAACUCAAAAGAAUAGUAUGGUUACAGAUCUGAGUCCCGAGGAUGUGAUGAAAGGUAAAUUCAUUGGUGGAUCUGGCCCAACUAGCUCCGCCUCAAUUCUGGAAAAGCUUUUUGGGAAUGCUUUAGCUCUAAAUGGUGGUGAUUCUUCUAGUUCUGUUGAGCAACAUGAUCCCAAAAUGGAGGAGGCAUGGAUUUCGCCUGAUGUACAAUCUUCCAAGUUUGCCCAGUGGUUUCUUGAAGAAGAAAAGAAUCCAGUCGACGAUGUCUCCUCUGGUGGGGCCAACAGUUUGCUUUCUUUGAUUGUGGGUGGUGAAAAAGUGCUGUCUCAUCCUUCCGAUGGUAGAUCAACUAAGCAUCACAUCUUGCCUGACUUGUCCAUCCGAAAUGGUGAACAUGCAAACAAGGAUAGGAUAUCAAGCUCAGCGCUGCCUACUGUUGAAGAUACUGAAAAGACUCUACCGUUCUCUGAUAAUAAGGUGGAACCAGUUGCAGCUGUACUUACAUGUGAAGACCUCGAACAGGCAAUUCUGUCUGGGAUUACUGGAAGUAGUUCAUCUUUGUCAGCUAGUGAACAUGGCAGGAAUGUUGUGGAUCAGAAAACUCUUCAAGAGAAAGCCAAGGGUGAUGAUCAUGCAUCCCAGCAUAUUCUCUCAUUAUUGCAGAAGGGCACAAGUUUGAGUGAUGCAUUUCCUUCUUCCGUUCUAGGAGCCAAGUCUGUAGACAAUGUAAAGGAUGUAGAAGAGCCUAGUAUUGGGCUUCCAGGAGUCUCUAUUCGGUCAGAUACUGAGCAUUCUGCUACUCCGGGCAAGGCUUUGACUCUUGAAACUCUUUUUGGAACCGCUUUUAUGAAAGAACUGCAGCCAGUAGGAGUACCAGCUGAAAGCCAACCGGCCAAGGCGGGUAUUGCUAAAGUUGAUAUUCCCGAGUGCCAUGGUCUACUUCAGUCUACUUUAGGAAUGACAUCCAACUUAUUAGGUCUCGGAAGUGGCAUCCCACCUCCAAACCAGCAUCAGCAAAUUAAGUCAGACAGGAUUGAGGAUCACUUCAUAGCCUUCAAUUCUAGCAACAAAGUAGAUACUUCACAGAUCCGGUCUGAAUUGGUCCCCAGACUUGGUGGACUUGAUGCAUGUGCUGACAUUGGGCUCCCUGAGGAGAACAGCCUGCUUGCAGUUAGUGACCCUCUGAAUCGACCUGAUCUUGUACAUGCUAGGAACAUGUCGAAUAAGAUUGAAGUGCUGGGUACGCAAGGGACUGCAGUUGACAUUGCUGAAAAGCUUCCAGCUUUAGGUUCUUCGUUCAGAGAUGAGAGGUCUGUCAUAGGAGGCCAAGAUGGUCUACCUUUUGGUCGCAGUCCUUAUGAUAUGAGGGAACAGGACAUUCGGUAUCAUAAUAUUCGGGUCAAUCCAUCUGGACGUCAGCUUGAUCCCUCUCAAAUCAAUAAUGCUGGAUCGAUGUUUCACCCAUUGGAUUCUCAAUCCUCUAUUAAUAUCAAUGGUCAGAUGAGAUUCAUGUCUCCUGAGAAUAUCACUCAUCGUGAUGUUCCUAGCAAUCAAUAUCAUGGGAACAUGCUUCCUUCGCCUUUCCAUCAUGCUAAUGGCAGCAGCACACUUACUGGGUUUGAUCCUACCCCUCAGAACGUGUUGCUGCAACAGAUGCACAUGAGAGGCAAUUUUCCUCACCUGUCACGUGGAUUUCCUAGGGGUGCUCCUGCUGUUCCACAUCAUAACAACCAGAUGUCAGGCUUUAUACCUGAUGCGAAUCCAAUGCAAAGUUUCCCUUUCGGGCAGAGGCAGACCAACUUAGGCGCGGUCUCGAUUCCACCCCAGGCUCCAGGUGUCGACGGUGGAACCAAUCGUCCAGAGGCGCUGCAGAAGUUAAUUGAGAUGGAACUCAGGUCGAAGCAGAAGCAGGUUCACCCUUUGGCUGCAGUUGGACAAGGUCAAGGAGCGUUUGGUCAUGAGCUGGACAUGGGCUUCGGUUACAGAUAACUGUAGUGCUGUUCUCUGAUACCUUGAUGGAUAUGUGUAAAUUUGCAGUGUAUUCAAGCAGUCCUCGGGGUUUCGGGUGUUCAUUUGGCGUAUGGUUUUCUGUUUCCUCGGGGAGCAGGGAUUUUAAAGAGUUCAUGUAAUGGAAGGGGGAUUUUUACUUCAACCAACCCUUUUGUUUGAGGGGUUUACUUUGAAAUCCAAAUUCCAGAGCUCAUAUGUCCAUCGUUUUAAAUGGAAUUCCCAUAACAAAUAGCGAAGUUUUUAUUUUAUUUUAUGCCAGGGUAUGUGGUGUGUUUUAUGUGGUCUUAAGAAGUUUUAGGACUGUAACUUGUAAGGGCUGGGAUAAAAGGAAAAUUGUUAACCCAAUCUAAUUUGGAAAAAGGAUGAGGAAUGGUUUCGUGGACGACACAUAUUUGGCUUCAUUUGUUUUGUCCUCGUCACCCAAAAGUUGAGACCCUGACUAAUGGAUUAUU